AUGGAGCGCAUAGCAGCAACUGCUGCUGCAUCCUUCAUUGCUUUUCAUGUACUGCGCUCUGUCUACCGACGACUGAAUGGUUAUGGCAUAUCUGAUAUCCCUGGUCCUCCCUCCCCGUCGUUUAUUUAUGGCAACCUCCUUCAAAUCUUUCAAGAACAGGCAGGAACCUUUGACUUCAAGUGGCAGGAACAGUUCGGCGGCGUAUUUCGCAUUAGGGGACCGUUUGGGGAUGACCGUUUGAUGGUAUCAGAUCCAAAAACAUUACAUUACAUGUUUCAUACAUCUGGAUAUGAUAUAAUCAAGCAGCCUGAGCGAAAGGAACUCUCGCGCCUGCUCACUGGGAAGGGUCUCAUAUGGGCGGAAGGUGAUGUGCACAGGAGGCAGAGAAAGGUUAUGAAUCCUGCCUUCGGUCCUGCUGAAGCGAGAGCCUUUUUUCCUAUCUUUCUUGAACACGCGAACCAGGUCGGAUUGGUAGCAAAGUGGCAGGAUAUUAUGUCCGAGUCUCCCGAACGUAUCUCCGUCUUCAAUAUUCCAAACUGGCUUGGGCGUGCUACGAUGGACGCCAUAGGGGCAGCCGCAUUUAGCUACAAAUUUGGGAUGCUCACGGAUGGCGGUAAUGAGCUGGCGCAGGCCUAUAACAACAUCCUUCAAGAGACUCACGGCAGGGCAUCAUCAGGUCGUAUUCUCUUCCAGAACGCUUCUCACCUCAUCCCCCUUCGUGUCAUCGAGUGGAUCACCGAUCAUGGAAGAGCGAAGCCCAUCGCCAGGGCGCGUGAGGUCACUGCUAUGGCUAAUCGAGUAGCGGAAGACCUACUAUCUCUAAAGUCGGAGGCUUUACUUCAAGGGAAGAAGGGAAAAGAUAUCAUGAGCUUAGUUGUACAGGCAAAUCUCUCCGAGGACGAGAAAUCACGAAUUGACACAGACGAGAUGUACUCACAACUGAGGACCGUGAUGCUUGCGGGGUAUGAGACGACAUCGAAUAGCUUAAGCUGGACGCUUUACGAGCUGGCAAAGCGACCUGAUAUACAGAACCAACUCCGCGCCGAAAUUGUGCAAACUCAAGCUAGAGUCAGAGCCCGAGGGGAUGAGUUGAUGUCGUUGAGUGACUUCGACAACAUGCCACUCACCACUGCCGUGAUCAAGGAGUCUCUCCGUAUGCAUCCUGUUGCCCACCAAAUGUAUCGCCAGACUUCCAAGGACGACGUGUUCCCUCUGAGUAAACCUAUCAUUUCGAAGUCUGGUAAGGUUCUCCAUGAAGUUUUCGUGCCGAAGGGCACGCGGCUUGUUGCUGCGGUUGCGGCUUACAAUCGGAGUAAGGAGGUAUGGGGAGUGGAUGCGAGCGAGUUCAGACCUGAGAGAUGGCUGCAGUCUGUAGACGGUGGACGCGCGCAAGGCGCGGCAUCGGUUGGUACCUAUGGUAACCUCAUGACCUUCGGUGGUGGCGUCAGGGCUUGCAUCGGAUGGAGGUUUGCUGUUGCAGAGAUGCAAGCGUUUGCAGUUGAGCUGCUCAGGAACUUCGAGUUCUCUCUCACGGAAGAGUCAAGACACAUUAGGAGAGAUGUGGCGCUAGUCAUGAUUCCAACCGUUGAAGGUCAGGUUGGCAAGGGUAUGCAGUUACCCUUAAGGGUUUCCCUGGCGCCGGAGGAGUGA